AGAGCUCUUGAGGAAAGCGAAAUGGAGGGGUGUGUGUCUAACCUGACGGUUUGCAACUUGGCCUACAAUGGGAAGCUGGAGGAGUUGAAGGAGAGCAUCUUAGCCGAUAAAUCCCUGGCUACUAGAGCGGACCAGGACAACAGAACACCGUUGCACUGGGCAUGUUCCGCGGGACAUACCGAAAUAGUUGAAUUCUUGCUGCAACUUGGAGUGCCAGUGAAUGAUAAAGAUGAUGCAGGGUGGUCUCCUCUUCAUAUUGCUGCUUCUGCUGGCCGGGACGAGAUUGUCAAGGCCCUUCUGGGCAAAGGUGCUCAAGUGAAUGCUGUCAAUCAAAAUGGCUGCACUCCCCUGCAUUACGCAGCUUCCAAAAACAGGCAUGAGAUUGCUGUCAUGUUAUUAGAAGGUGGGGCUAAUCCAGAUGCUAAGGACCAUUUUGAGGCUACAGCAUUGCACCGGGCAGCAGCCAAGGGUAACUUGAAGAUGAUUCAUAUCCUUCUGUACUACAAAGCAUCCACAAAUAUCCAAGACACUGAGGGUAACACUCCUCUACACUUAGCCUGUGAUGAGGAGAGAGUUGAAGAAGCGAAGCUGCUGGUGUCCCAUGGAGCAAGUAUUUACAUUGAGAAUAAAGAAGAAAAGACACCCCUGCAAGUGGCCAAAGGCGGCUUGGGCUUGAUACUCAAGAGAAUGGUGGAAGGUUAAGCAGCCUGGAUUUUUUUCUAGUCAUUUUAUUGGGGGCUCUUGAACAGCUCUUAUAACAGUCUAUACACCAAUUGUACAAAUGUUACUAUUAUCAUUUUCUGUUUGAGCCAUUGGUAUUAGCUCCUCUUUUUCCCUCCUAUCCUUAUGAACCCUUGA